AUGUUCCCUGAAGCCGUUGCCAUUGCCAUUGCCUUGACCGAGGUCGCCGAUCACAGGGCUCAUCCCACUGGGGUGGCGAGUUCCGGUCGUGAAGUUGAGGCUAGACGAGGCGCUCUCUAUAUUAUGGCUUGCAUUGGCGUUGGCAUUGGCGUUGGCAUCGGAAUUAUAUUGAUGACGGACUCGAGGACAAAGGGUGCGAAGGUGGCGUGGUUAGCAUGA